AUCUCACGUAUAAAUUCAACAAUUUAUAAUUUUCCGAGUUUUUCUCAGCAUAUUAUUUCAUUUAACUAAAUAGUUUGAAAUGAGUAGUGAAGAUAUUUUAGACAUCAUAAUACAAAAACUGUCGAAUAAUUUUCAAGACGAUCCAGAAACUUUUGCAAGAGUAAUUUUUUACUUAACAGAAGAAAAGGAAACAUACCAAGAACAAGAUGGUCCGGCAUUUAAAAUGCUUAAAUCUGUUUUAAACGUAGAUUUUGGUUUCAAACAAUAUGCAGGUUAUUUAGCAGAAGACACUAAGAGAGCAGAGAGAGAUGAAAAUUUCAAAAGACUAUUAGGACUGAUUUAUUCACAAAUGAUGGAUGGUGCUAAAACUCUUGAAGAUAUUGAGAUAUCAGACUCGUUACUUUCUGCUAAAGAUUUUGAACGGAUGUCAAUAGAUAUAACCUCUGGUUUCAUUCGAGCAAUUGCAUCAAUUCCAGCGGAGAGUCAAUUUCAAAUGAUAGUUAUGAUAAACAACAUAAGUCGUGGAAAUUUAUUGUCAAGAUCUUUGGUUAGGGUUGUAAAUACCGUUAACAAAUUCGGUGCAAACAAAGUAACUGUAGCACUGGCAGCGAUUUAUUUAAGUCCAAAAAUUAUAACAGCUAUCAGAGAAUGGUGGAAUAAUGAUAUAACUGGCAAAAGAUGUUGUAAAAUAAUAAUUGAUGAUAUUUCUACAGUAGCUGGUGGCAUUGGUGGUGGAUACGCUGGUGCUUUAUUAGGAGCUUGUGUGCCUCUUGGCCCAGUAGGUAUAAUAGCAGGAGGAAUUAUUGGUGGACUUUUAGGUGGUGAAGCUUUGAACUGUUUGUCUGAUUGUUUAACUAGGGAAAUAUUCAAUAUACCUAAAGACAAAGCGCUGGAAAAUGCAUAUGUUUAUUUUGGUGUAAAUCAAAAUUCAUCAAAUAUUGAAAUCAACACUGCUUAUAGAGAAAAAUGUCUCCAACAUCAUCCAGAUAAGGGAGGCAAGGCCGACGACUUCCAUAAAGUACAAAUACAUAUGGCAACGAUCAAAGCAGCUAAAGGACAGUUAUACAACUGAACAAUCGCAAAAAGAAGUCAUGUCUAUUGAAAUAAAUUGCUUUUUUGUUUUAGUCUAUUUCAUUAGAUCUUUUUGAAAUGUAUGAACUUCCAUUCAGAAAUUAAAUGAAUAAACACCUUAUAUAUUAAAUCGUAUUACACAAAAUGAA